GCUAAAGUUAGCACAGCUGAUAGAACUUAGAAAUUUCUAAUAAUUGUUGGCAUAAUUUUUGUUGUUAUAAACUAAAAGUUUUCGAAGAUGUUUCGCUCGUAUGUGCGUGAGGCAAUUAGAACGAGUCGCUGCUUUGCGCGCGCGUAUUCGAAGGAUGUGCGCUUUGGUUCGGAGGCGCGUGCCAGGAUGAUAAGAGGCGUGGAUGUGCUGGCGGAUGCAGUGGCGGUGACAAUGGGACCCAAGGGCAGAAAUGUUAUACUGGAGCGCGUGUGGACGUCGCCCAAGAUUACCAAGGAUGGUGUCACAGUAGCGCAUGCAAUUGCGCUGAAGGAUCAGCAUAUGCAGCUGGGCGCUAAGCUGGUGCAGGAUGUGGCUGAGAAUACGAAUCAAGCUGCUGGCGAUGGCACCACAACGGCCACAGUGCUGGCGCGUGCUAUAAUCAAGGAAGGAUUCACGCGCAUUACAGGCGGCGCUAAUCCCAACGAGGUGCGUCGUGGCGUGCUGCUGGCUGUGGAGCAGGUGAAGCAGUCGCUGCAGCUCAUGUCCAGUCCGGUGCAUACACGCGCUGAGAUCGAACAAGUGGCUACAAUUUCAGCGAAUGGCGAUGCCGCCAUUGGCGCUUUAAUAGGCGAAGCCACCGAGCGCGUUGGCCACAAGGGCACCAUAACUGUAAAGCCUGGCAAGCGGCUCAAAGAUGAGCUGGAAGUGCUGCAGGGUCUCAAGUUCGACAAGGGCUACAUUUCGCCUUUUUUUGUUAACACACCCAAGGGCGGCAAAGUGGAGUUCAGCAGCGCCUUUGUGCUCAUCACACACAAGAAGAUCAAGUCGCUGAAGCAAAUACUGCGCCCACUGGAGCAGGCGCUGUCACAACGUCGCCCGCUGCUCAUCAUUGCCGACGACAUUGAUGGUGAAGCUCUCAAUGCGCUGGUGCUGAAUCGUCUGAAGCUUGGACUGCAAGUUUGUGCCGUCAAAGCGCCGGCGUUUGGUGAGCUGCGCAAGCAGCUGCUGGGCGACAUUGCGGCCGCCACAGGCGCCACUGUCUUUGGCGAUGAUCACAACUACUGCAAGAUUGAAACCGCCAAGCUGGAGCACUUUGGUCAAGUGGGCGAGGCAGUCAUAAGCAAGGACAGCACGCUCUUGUUGCAAGGACAAGCCAAGCCAGCGGCGCUGCAGCAACGCAUCAAAGAACUGCAGGAUGAGCUGGCGGAUCCGGCCACCAAGUCGGAGCAAGCGCAGCGACUGCGUGAGCGUCUCAGCGCUCUGACCAAGGGCGUCGCUGUGCUGCACAUUGGCGGCACCAGCGAAGUGGAGGUGGGUGAAAAGCGCGAUCGCGUCAAUGAUGCGCUGUGUGCCACACGCGCUGCCAUUGAGGAGGGCAUUGUGCCUGGUGGCGGCACCGCCUUGCUGCGCUGCAUACCCGCGCUGCAGCAGCUCGAGGCGGACAAUGCGGAUGUGGCUCAAGGCAUUUCCAUUGUCUGCCACGCCCUGCGCAUGCCCUGCCUUACAAUUGCCGCCAAUGCAGGCGUAGAUGGCGCCAGUGUGGUGGCCAAAGUGCUGCAGGGAAGCGACGACUUUGGCUACGAUGCGCUGCGGGAUGAGUACGCCAAGCUGCUGCAGCGUGGGAUUAUCGAUCCCACCAAGGUGGUGCGCACGGCUAUACAAGAUGCAGCGGGUGUAGCUUCGCUGCUGAGCACCACUGAGGUGGUCAUCACAGAUGUGCGCAGCGGCGCAGAUCCGCUGAUGGGCGGCAUGGGUGGCGGCGAUGAAAGCGCCUUAAAGGAAGCGCUGGGUGGCAUGGAUUUGGCAGAGCUUGCAGCGCUGGGCAUGAGCAUGGAUGGCGGCAUGGAUGGACUAGAUGGACUAGCUGGACUAGGCGGCAUGGGCGGCAUGGGCGGCAUGGGCGGCAUGGGAGGUGGUGCUCCUAGCUUGAGAGCCUGUGAGGAAAUGAAUGCAGCUGUUAAAGCCAUUCCCGGCAUGGAAAAUGUCGAAGUGCAUGACAUCGAUAGCAGCGCCUUAUAAAUUGAUUUGAUUUUAAACAUUUGUAUGUGUGUGUGUGUAAAGUAAAAAUUGUUAAGUUG